AUGGAACAAGAAAGGGAGUCGCAGACCUGGAACCGUCUGGGGACACUGGCGGGGCAAGGCAUCGUGAGCGGCAAGGUCUCCCGUGACACCCUGUAUGAGGCGGUGCGGGAAGUCCUGCACGGGAACCAGCACAAGCGCCGGAAGUUUUUGGAGACAGUGGAACUUCAGAUCAGCCUGAAGAACGACGACGCUCAGAAGGACAAGUGCUUCUCGGGCACCGUCAGGCGGAAGUCCACUCCCCGCCCCAAGCUCUCCGCAUGUGUUCUGGGGGACCAGCGACACUGUGAUGAGGCCAAGGCUGUGGAUAUCCCCCACGUGGACAUCGAGGCUCUGAAGAAGCUCAACAAGAAUAAGAAACUAGUUAAGAAGCUGGCCAAGAAGUAUGCUGCCUUUUUGGCUUCAGAGUCUCUGAUCAAGCAGAUCCCAAGAACCGUGGGCCCAGGUCUGAAUAAGGCUGGCAAGUUCCCUUCCUUGCUGGCCCACAGUGAGAAUGUGGCGGCCAACGCUGACGAAGUGAAGUCCACAGUCAAGUUCCAGAUGAAGAAGCUGCUGUGUCUGGCAGUGGCUGUUGGCCAUGUGAAAAUGACAAUGAUGAGCUUGUGCAUAACAUCCACUUAG